UGCUUUUUGUGCAUGAAACAAACAAGGAACAAGAAGACACUAACGAAAUGUUGGGAAAACACCAACCAGCACCAUAGACUAAUCUACGGAAAAAUGCUUGGCAUCACAAAAUUAGGACUUGGCAUAUGUCGUUCUUCAACACAUUUCCCGCCUUUACCCAUCAUUGUCAACAUCCAAAGUAUGACUAGUUCAACUUCAUCCACCCUCAAGAAGGAGCCUCCAGUGAAAGAGCAAUUCUCUCGUCCAGGAUCCAAUCCUAGAUUCUCGGUCGUCACCGCCGAACCUCGAGAUAUGGACAUGUUCUCUCGGAUAUUAUCUCGGUUUCCCUCUGGCCGUUGUUUGACCUUUGCUUACGGCUCGGGCGUAUUCAAACAAACCGGGCACAAGUCCACCAAGGACAACAUGACGGAUUUUAUUAUCACAGUAGACAAUCCUGAAGUCUGGCAUCAGCAGAAUCGGAUCAAAAACCCGAAGGAUUACGCGACCCUACUCAGACUGUUUGGUCCCCAAGUGAUGGCCAGCAUUCAAGAUAAAUGGGGUGCCCGACUGUUCUUUAACACAUUGAUACCGUUUGAAGACGGGUUGAUCAAAUAUGGGGUGAUCUCCAAAGAUGCCAUGCUCAGUGAUCUCUUGGAUUGGGAGAGUCUUUACGCUGCGGGACGACUUCACAAACCUGUGCUAAUCUUGGAGAAGAACGUUAACAGCCAUGAGAUUCACAGUGCUCUGAGAUUGAACUUGCAAAGCGCUCUGCAUACGGCCUUAUUGCUCUUACCCGAAACUUUUACGGAGGAAGAGUUUUACAUCACAUUGGCCGGCCUUUCUUACACUGGAGAUUUCCGGAUGAUAGUAGGCGAGGAUAAGAAUAAGGUGGCCAAUAUUGUCAAACCAAAUAUUCCGAGGUUUCGUGAGCUCUAUUCUAAACGGGUGCAAAGUCUCAGCAAUCAUGUUGAGUUGAAUCCAUCCAGGGGGCGUGGUGAGCAGGAUUCAAGUUCAUCUGGUCGCCAUCACCAUUUAACUCAGUUACCUAAGAACCUCCAAUGGUUUUUGGUCAAGGAAUGGAAUAAAGACGGGCGAUAUCGAGAUGUAGAGGAUGUUCUGAGAGCAGCGGCCGUGGACCGAGAUUCGGAUGAUAUGAUACGGAAAGCUUUAAAGGAUAUCGUGGGCAAAACGAGCAUUUCGCAAGCGCUCAAGGGAAUCUUGACGGCUGGUGUGGGAAAGACGGUCAAAUAUAGUGGAGCCAAACUGAAGAAGAUGGCCAAGUCGAUGAACUGAGAAGCGAGGCUGUGAUUUUGUUACCUUAUGAAUAUUUUUGUGAUUUGAUUGGGGUGGUCCAUUUUGAAUUAUCCGUCUAUCCAUUCCAAUUUUUUGAUGUGAUAAAGGAAUGAUGAAAUUCAA